CGCCAUUCGAGAACUCCACACUUCCCUCUUGGGUCUGGGGUUUGAUAAAUAUUCGAAUCAUGUCAUUACUCCGAUUAUCCUCUCACUCCUGCAGAAGAUUGUUCCGGCCGGAAAUUACGGCUGGUUAUAAUAUCCGUCCUUUUGGACGGCGUCACGAAAGCCAAGCACGAACUGACCCUUCAAAUGAACCUGCACCAAAGAGUAGUCCUUCGGAAGCUCCUGCGGCAAAGGCGGGGGACUCGUCUUUGAUUACACAAGAGGGUCCUUUAGAGGGAGUUGCCAGCCACAAGCCAGACUAUAAUGCACAUGUGGAUCAUGGAACCUCCUCGUUCUCACCCGUUCCGAAGCGAGUAAUGGAUGGCAGCGAGCCCGGAGAGGCAGUUCCUGCCGCUGUUCUAUCAGGUGCACCAUUAGAUUUACAGGCGAGGACUGUCCGUAUCUAUCGACCAGCGAAGACGGCCACUCAGUCGGGGGACUGGCACGGACAUCACUGGCGAAUGGAUUGGGAUGUUUUGGGUAAAGGGCACCGGUGGGAAAAUCCAUUAAUUGGAUGGCAGUCUUCGGCCGAUGCUAUGCAAGGAACACAUUUGAACUUCAAGUCAAAGGAGGAUGCCAUUCUCUUUGCACAGAAGCAAGGUUACGAAUAUUUUGUGCAAGAGCCUAACGUACGGAAAUUUGUCCCCAAGGCUUAUGCAAACAAUUUUGUUCACACUCCUGGGAAGCUCAAGGUAGUUAGGACAAAGUAACGACAUUCAUGUGAUUGCGUCAUGGCAAGUCCAUGACUGAUUAGACGUUCAAUUUGCAAUAGAUAUACUCAUUUCUAUAAUGUUUUUACAAUUAAUAAAUAGAUGACAUAUGAAUAUG